GUGUUCAGGAGUUUCAACUCGAUGUAGCCUUCGGCGUUUGGCGGGGGGAGAGAGAGUCAGAAAGGGAAGGCAGGAGAGCGAAGUAAAGACAAAAAUAAACCAAAACCUUCAACAUUUUGCGCACAAGCAGACUGAAGAAUGUGGAGAAAUAAGCAUAAAGGACUAAAAGACUCUGACUCGGAGGAUGACAAGCCACAGGAAGUGUCGAAGAGCAAGGACCCUUUGCUUCCAGAAGAGUCUACAAGUUCUGUGUCUCAGCUUGCGACGAAGGUUCAAGGAGCAAGUCUAAAAGGUUGGAAAGAAGUCACCUCACUUUUCAACAAAGAUGAUGAGCACAAACUGCUGACUGACAGUGAACCUAAAUGGACCACGGUCAAACUAAAAGAAGAAGUGAAAAUGGAGAAGAAAUCUAGUUUCUGGGACAGUUUAGGAAUUAAACAGAAUUCAGCCAGCAAGAUCCCCACAGAGGACGAGGGUUGGGAUCCACAGGUAAAGAUGGAGAACCCUUGUAGCGGUCUAACUGAUUCCAGUGCCUGGUCUGACUGGACGAGUGAGACUUGUGGAAGUUCCAAAUACACAAGCCUGGACAGUGAAACAAACACGAGUGGCUCCAAGUGGAGCAUUAUGACAGCAGGGAAGCUGCCUGGAAUUAGAAGACGUAGCAAAGGAAAUCUGACUGACUGCUGGGAAGAGACAGAGUAAUAUUUAGUUAUCUGCGUUAACAUUAAUUCAGGAUUUAGUUUGCACCAUUCUUCACUUCUUGUAUUUAUAGUCAUGCUUUCUAUGGAUAUUUUCUGAGUCAAAAUUUUGUUUCAAAUUCUGAGCGAUUUUGUGCACUAGUGAAGAAAUUGGUGCCUGAUCAGCACUCUAUUUUAAUUAAGUGAAAGAGUUGAUAACCUCCUUUCUGUUUGUGCCAUAAUUAUUCCAAUACACAUAAGUACACAUUUCCAUUCAGAUGACCUUUCACAGCAAAUUGCUCCCUUAGCGUUCAUUAUUUGUGACUCUUUGACAUCAGCUUAACUGAGUGCCUAAAUACAGUUAUAUGUAUUAAUAUUUUAUCUCACUCUUAUCAAAAGAAAUAGUUCUCACUACCCUUUCUGUACCAUGCAAAGGAGGUGAUGGAACGACUACUGAUGGUACAAGUGAUAUUGCCUUUAAAUGAAGGAAGAAACCACUGUUUUUGCUCCCCCUCCCGGUAUGUAGCUAUGCUGUAUGAUGUUUUGUUAGUCUGUGAGAGGAAAUAAAAUACCACUCAGGCAUUGAUUUUGAAUGAUUGUCAAAGCUAGGAUUUGUAUGGAGACCAAUGUCUUCCCAGCACUGGGUGUCAUUCUGAGCCAAGUGUGCCACGCAUUAUUAUCUUGUUUUGGCAAGCGUUCUCGAGCAACCUAGUGCCCAUUGUGAGAGAUAUUUCAUCUCAGUGAUCCAAAUAUCUUCACUUUCAAUUCAUACUGUGGUGCUAUUGUCGUUGGAUUAGUAAUCUAGAAGCUCUUCUUCAUGAAGGGCUCUGGCCUGAAAGGUUGAUUCUCCUGUUCCUUGGAUGCUGCCUGUGCUUUUCCAGCAACACACUCUCGACUAGUAACCUAGAACCCCAUGCUAAUGUUCUGAGGACCUGGCAGAUGAUAUUUGCAUUCAAUAAAAAUCUGGAAUGAAAAGCUGUUCUAAAGACUACAAUGUAAGUAUUGUCAGUAGAACCCAUCUGGUUGUUUUAAUGUCCUUAGAGUAAGGUAAAUCCUUAUCUGGUAUGACCUGCAUGUGACUCAGAUCCAAAGCUAUGUAACUGUGUUUUAACUGCCCUUUGGCUAAUUAGAGUCGGACAUCAGCCAGAGAUGCCAACAUGCAAUUUAAAAAACAAAAAUCCAGGUCAGUGACAUUAUGUAGUAUAUACCAUAAUUUUUAGUUUUACAAAUGUCAUUUUGCUCCUCUCUUACCUGAAAGUGCUAAUUUCUGCUUAGUUACAGUAGUGGUAUUAUUCAUACAGUUCCAUAAUGUGAAUCUGAAGAAUGAGAGUUAUUGAUCAUGAGAAUUGUUAUAAAUACAAAUCCCUACUCCGAAGGACAUUCACAUGCUUCCAACAAUAAAUUAGGAAUUAUUGCUAAAUUGUUCCUUUAAUCAUAAUUGAAGACAUUGGAUCUAAUUGGAGAAUACUGAGUCACAUCUCAAUGGAGAAUCACAAGAGAGCAGUAAUUUACAAUGUGUACUGAGGUAAUGAAUAUGGUGAAGGUACAGAGGAGACAUUUUCUUAAAAGGCAAUUUCCUAACUUAACUGUAUUCCAACAUCUUAAAAAAUAUUUUAACAGCUCGAGAUUGAACCAGAAUUUAUAAAUCUGUGUCUCCAGAUUUACACAUGCCUUUCUAAGACUGCAAAUCUCUUUCAUAUUUUGUCUUAAUCCUUUUGUAUAAAAUCUCCAAAAAUGUGUUUUUUGUGUGUAAAUUGUUAAUCAAGUACAAUUAGAGAAACACUGGACUAAAUUAAUAGUUCUUGUAAUAACCUGCUGAAAAAGUAAUUUUAUGAAAGGGUUCUAGCACCUGUUUUAGGCCAUCAUUAAGGGUCAACUGUAUUAAAUUUGUCCUGGUUCUCUCUCUUUUUAUAUUUGGAUUGCAUAAAACUAAUUAUGAAAUUAGAAUGAAAAUGUUUAGGAGCGAAUUGAAGAAGUAGUUUUACAUAAGGAGGAUGUUAAAAACUCAUUCCCCUUUCAAAUCCCCCCACCCACAUCACUCAAAAGUCUGUGCACAUUUUGCCAAUCAACAUAGUCUGUUUGAGAUUGAUAAAUUUCUGUUAGUUUUAGGUAUCACAGGCUGUAGUGCAAAUGUGAGUACGCUGGGGUUGGAGCAUAGAUCAGCCAUGUUCAAAAUUAGCUACAGAGAUUGAAUUGUCUACUGAUUUUCCUGAGAGUUUCUCUGUGUCGAGUAGUGACAACACUGUGUUUGGUUGUGGUGAUUGCUCCUGAGGUUGGCCUUGCCUUCUAAUACUCUCUAACAAAUUUUGGGCAAGGCCUGACACUCUUGAAACCGUAUCCCAACAAAAAAGCACCCAAGCAAUAGACAAUGUUCAUGGUUGCCUUUUUUCAUGUGGAUUAUUCUGAAAUUGUGCUAUAGUUUCUAAAUUAGACUUUAAGCAGGAGAUUUGUUAUAUGCCAGCUAUAUGGUGCUAGAAUACUUUGUCGUACUGUUUGCAAAAUAUUUCUGACAUGAUGCAAGUACUAAUGGCUGGAGAAUAUCUUAGUUGCCUAAUAGAUUGAAAUAAAUUUGGUUCUUCAAUUAAAAAUGCAUAACCAGGCAUAUGCUUAAAAAAAUGAUGUUCAUUGAAUCAUUCCCAAAAUAUCUUAAAAUGAAUGAGUAAAAACAUAAAUAAAAUGUUAUAGGUCUUAAUGUUCCAAUUAUGUCUUUGAAAUCUGUCCAUUACAAAUAAGAUCCUUAAUCAUUGAAGUUUUACUAUUUGUGGUUUGUAAUGUAGGAUGGUCAGAUUUCAAGGUGGAUUAUACCAUGAGUCAGAAGCAUGUUGUUACGAUUAAAGCAUAAAUAGCCGAGUAGAUUCUGGUUUGGGAAGGAAUGUAAUAAAAUCAUUUCAAAGCAAUGAGUGAUUUAUUAGGUGUUACCUUGGAUAAGACUGCUUAAGUGCUCACCCUAACCCAGUGUCUAGUUAAAAUAUAGUUGGAAGACUGAUUAUAUGCUGGAGGUGAAAAAAAAACUACUAGAGUUUUGCCAUUCCUCAGUGAUGCAUAGUUGGCAAAUGAUUAUAGGAGUACAAAACUGUUUCAUCAAAUCACAUCUCAGGGUGAUAAUACACUUUAUUUUUUAGAAAGAUUGUUUGUUUUUAACAUGCUGUCAGGUAGUGCAAGCUUCAAGAUGGAUCAUCAUUUUCAUCUACGAAACGUUACUAAUUUCUUUGCUUUCUGCAAGAUCAUUGUUUCAUUUUCUAACACACACUUUUAUUAUUUUUUGUCUGCUUACAUGUCAAACAAUGCUGCCAAAGUAAUUUAAUACACAAAUGAAAUAUAUUUCUAAUUGCCAGACCAAAGUUUCUGGUAUACAUACUAUAUACUUUAUUGUUUAUUUGUAAACUGAACAAAGGCAGACAUAAUGAAUAAAUAUAACUAUGCAAAAUCUGUGGUAUUGUUUGGACAUUUGCCUUGUUAAAUUUUAAAGGUGGGAGGACCAUUUUCUUUUAAUACAUUGUUGUUAUAAAUGUAUCUUUGUAACCAGUGAGAGAAUUUUCCACCUAACCCUUAUAGUGUAAUUUUAGUGCAAGGCUUCUCGCUUUGUAUACAGUAAAUACUUUCAUUUGAUUUCGAUGCAAAAUGUUUAAAAAAUAUAAAAGCAGAAGACAUUUUAUAUUGAGAGUUGAAUUUGAAACUUGAUUCAUAGU